UUAGAACAUCUGUUUAAUGAAGAUGGAGAUGAAGUCAAUAUUGUAACCUACAGACGAGUAAUGUACCAUUGGAUUGAUUCUAUCCGGAAACGAAGUGGGAAUGAAUCUAACCAAGAAGAUGCUUUGGAAAGAAGGUCAAAUGGUCCUAUGUGUUUAUCAAAAGAUAUUUUGAUUUUAAGAGGACAUAACAUGGAUUCGUCAAUUGUUGAUACAUUUGGAACAGAUUUUGACCCUGUUGAUCAACAGAAUACUAUAGAAGACCUUCAACAUCAGAACAGAAAACUAACAGAGGAAAACACAAAGCUAAGACAACAGAUUGAUGUGCAAGAGGAUAUUGUUACCACAAAUCAAGUUGAAAUCGAUAAAUUACACAAAAAGGUUAAAAGUUUACAACAGACUGCUGACUCUAGACACGAAACAAUAGCAGAGAAUGAAGAAUUAAAGUCAACGAUCUCAAAAUUACAGGAAAAGAAGAAAGAUUUAUCAACUAAGAUAACACAUAUAGAUAAGGAGAAACUCAGUUAUGAAAAUCAAUGUUCUAACCUUCAGCUAAAGUUAAUUGAAUUAACAUCACAGUUGGAAAGUCUUACAUCCCAGAAAGAAUUAUUGAAUAAAGAAGCAGCAGAGUAUAAGCAUGAGCUGGUCCAUGCUAGAGAUCUGAAAAGUUUACAAGAAAUUCAACUGAAUGAAAGAUAUUUAGAAGUCAAUUCUCUCAAGAAACAGCUUGAAGAUCUCUGUGUACAGCUAAAGGAGUAUAAAAAAGAAAAUGAUGAAGUGAAGUUUGAACUGAUGCAGUCCAAACAGGACAUUACGAGUUUCAGUCAUAUGCCAUCAGAAUCUGGAGAUGGUGUUGAUGAAAUAAUUUCCAAAGCUGCUGGCAGCUUUGUAUGCAGCACCCCCAUGAGACAUAGUCAGUCACUGUGCAUGGAACUUAAAGGAAUGAUAGGAUCAGAUAAACAUUUGCCAUCACCAUUAUGUCCCAAGGAAUAUCACAAGGAGUAUAGAAUGGAUUUACUUCCUGUAUUUAAUGAAGAAGAUGAAGAUUGUAAUCCUGAAGGUGACACAGAUGAUCAGUUAGUGGCAGAUAUAUCCAGCUUUACUGAGAAAUUUAAACAUAAACAGUCAGAACUUUUGGCAGAGAUAGACAGUUACUUUAGACAAGAUUGUGAAGAAAAACAAACAUCAAAGGAAAGCUUACAUUCCAGUUUACAGAAAGAACUCACUGAAAUGACAGAACAAAUGGCAUCAUUAGCAAUUGCUAAAGAUACUGUAGAUAAAAGAGUGAGCCAUUUAAGUAAAAGCAUGAAGAAAAUAAGAGAUGAGAAUGCUAUGUUGAGAAGAGUGCAGCAUGAUUCUAGAAGCAUGUUGGUUGAAUGUGAUCGAGACCUGCAGAAUGUUGUUGAUAGAAGAUUACUUAUACUGAAGGACAACUUGGAGGAAGAGAAAAACCUUGUUAAACACUUGAAGAAAGAGCUUGAAGAGAAGAGUAAGACAAUUUUAAAGCUUGAAAGUGUGCAGAUUCAGGAUAAAACAGAGAAACUGAAAGAAGAAAUCAAUGCUUUAAAGAGAACUAAUAUGGAGUUGUUUGAUAAAUGUGCCAAAUCUGAAGGUCAGAUAAGCUGCCUUCAGGAUGAUAUGAGGAAGAGUGAAAAAGAUGUGGAAAUAGAGAAGCUACGAUCCUAUGAAUUAGAGGAGAAUCUUUAUUCCAAUAAACUUUCCAGACAAAUGGAUUUAAAGGAGAUAUGGAGAAUUGUACAAAAAGAUAUAGAGAACGAAUGUCAGGAUGAAAUCAGUUUUGAGAAUGAGUUGAACGAUUCAACAGAUUCAAUUAAGAGGAGGAUAUUUAAUGAAAUUCUGGCACUGAAAUCUGACCUUCAUCUGACAAAGUCAACAUUUGAGCUGAACAAGUCCAAGAAAAAAGAAUCAUCUUUACAUAAAUGUAGCUGUUUUGGGACAGGGAGUUCUGCAAGUUCUGCACUUGUAGAGGCACUGACAAUAGAUUUCUUCAACGGAAACAGACCAUUACCUCAAAUAUUAACUAAAAGUGCUAGUUUAAACAACGGACAAUCUAGAGAGAACUUGAAUGACAUGAAUGAUUGUAGCUCAGUUAGCACAGAAAAUACAGUUGUGUGGAAUCGACUUCUUUCUCAAAACUCAGUCAACUCCAGUACUGAUGGCGUUCUAGAGUUUGAUUGUCGAUCAGAAAGUGAUGCAAACGUUGAUAUCAAUGAAAACGAAGACAGUUUUGUUUCGUUGGAAGAUUCCAUGACCAGUAGCUUGAGAAGGCUCAGUUACCAAGCAGCAAUUGAUGAUUCUAAGGAAUCGGAUCAAACUGAUGUUUUAUUUGGAUCAAAAGAUGAAAAAUGGGCUCUUGAUUUGAUUGAAAGUAAAUCUAAUUGCGAUGUGACACAGACACAACGUCGGCUAAGUAGUGAAUGUAGUUUAAUAGACCAUGAUUUUUUUCUUGGUGAUAAUAUCAACACAAACAGUAACGGAGUAGAGGACUAUUGUUGGAAAGAUAACAUGGUGGUUUUUGAUGAAGAUGUUUCGUACUCAAGUUACAGCUUUUCACACUUGUCCUAUCCAUUCCAGCCACUCAGACAGGAUGUUUUCAGAGAUGAAGAUUCCCACUGUGAAGAAGAACUUUCUUCAAAGCAGACAGGUGAUAGUAUUUCCUAUAGUAAGGAGGAGGAGGAGGAGGAGGAAGAAGUUAAGGUACUAGAUGCUGUGAUAAGAGAACCUGAUCUGUGUAUUGAAAAUCAAGAUGCAGUGCUGAUUGAGGAAAAAUAA